ACAUCGAYGAGUGUGCAGCCAAGAUGCACUACUGCCACGCCAACACGGUGUGCGUGAACCUGCCGGGGUCCUACCGCUGCGACUGCGUCGCGGGCUACGUCCGYGUCGACGACUUCUCCUGCACAGAGCACGAUGAGUGUGGCAGUGGGGAGCAUAACUGUGAUGAGAAUGCAAUCUGCACCAACACCAUCCAGGGMCACAGCUGCACCUGCAAACCUGGCUACGUGGGCAACGGGACCCUGUGCCGAGCGUUCUGUGAAGAAGGGUGCAGAUAUGGUGGAACUUGUGUAGCCCCCAACAAAUGUCUCUGCCCUUCUGGAUUCACUGGRAGUCAUUGUGAGAAAGAUAUUGAUGAGUGUGCAGAGGGGAUCAUUGAGUGUCACAACCAUUCACGCUGUGUUAACCUCCCAGGGUGGUACCACUGUGAGUGCAGAAGCGGUUUCCAUGACAAUGGAAGCUAUUCUCUUGCCGGGGAGUCCUGUGUUGAUAUCGACGAGUGUGCCUUAAAGAUCCACACGUGCUGGAAUGAUUCAGCCUGUGUGAACCUGGCAGGAGGCUUUGACUGCCUCUGUCCGUCCGGACCGUCCUGCACCGGGGACUGUCCCCACGAAGGCGGCGUCAARCGCAACGGGCAGGUGUGGACCCUGAGAGAGGACAGAUGCUCCGUUUGUUCCUGCAAGGACGGGAGGAUUUUCUGCCGGAGAACAGCCUGUGACUGCAGGAACCCCAGCGCUGACCUGUUCUGCUGCCCCGAGUGCGACACUCGCGUCACCAGCCAGUGCCUGGACCAGAGCGGGCACAGGCUCUACCGCAGCGGGGACAACUGGACCUACAGCUGCCAGCAGUGCCGCUGCCUGGAAGGAGAGGUGGACUGUUGGCCUCUGCAGUGCCCAACACUGAGCUGUGAGUACACAGCCAUCUCUGAAGGGGAGUGCUGUCCUCACUGCGUCACUGACCCCUGUCUGGCUGACAACAUCACCUACGACAUCAGGAAAACCUGUCCRGAUGGCUACGGGGUCACCAGGCUGAGCGGCGCCGUGUGGACCAUGGUGGGAUCUCCUUGUACAACCUGCAAGUGCAAGAACGGGAACGUGUGCUGCUCGGUGGAUUUAGAGUGUCUCAACAACAACUGAGCGGACUGUGCYGAGGGAGGGGAGCUGCUGGAGUCCACACCGACAGGAAUCUGUGUGUGUUGUUAUUUUACACAGCAGACAGUUGCCAAAGUCUGCAGGCGAGGAAGAUGUUUGGGAGUUGCCUUUGGGACCCAUCGCUCUGCUCAUCCUUGGGUGACUCCCAGCGCAGCGCGUGGAAAUCGGUGGUUGCUACAAGUUUUCAGUGUUGUAAAAUGACACACCUUUCCUGUCAAGACAUUUUGCAGAUCUUAAGUUAUUUCAUGGGUAAACCGAUGCUGUAUUUUUUGKUUUUAAUUUGUGUAUUGACAGCAUUGAUAGAAUUCAGCUCUUCUUACUUUGGAUCUAGAUUUUACAGAUAAGACAGCCUGUCGUGAUUUUGUCCCAUGAUAUCACACACUUGGUUCCAAGGUCCCUGUUAGAUGUAUUUAUGAAAAUAUGUAUGUAUGUACAGUCAAAUUGCAUAGUACUUAUAUUUCACAGCUGUCCAAUGUUUUAAAGCAUUCAAAGGUAUGGACAGAGUGAAAGUAAUCAAAAUAAGUCUGUCUUUAAAAAACUGUAAAAUAMAAUGCCAUGAACUGAAGGAAAUGGCAGAAUAAGCACUUUCUUCUCCAAACAUGCAGAGCAGCAAAAAGACUCCUAUAGUGAGAAAUUGAACUAAAACCACAUCCCACUGCAAUUGCACACAGGAAGGAAUCACCAGUCAUUGCCAGCAUUCUGUUGAGUACAAUUCCUCUGGAUUACACAGCGCUAAAACAGUCAGCAACCCUUAAGACGACAUAAUUUGAGUUGACUAGGUUAGAAUUUGCUUGUAUUUGUACCAUCAUCGAUGAGUUCAGAAUUUUUCCUCUUUUGUAUUUACAGUAAGAAUGGUGUCUGUCAUCCUCAGCUACUGCUGCCACAGUGACACAGAGGACAGGAGACCUUAAUGCUUGGGAACUUCCAUUGCCUAAUGAACAGCUCUGAAACAGAUUUUAUCUUUUCUUAUUUUAUGGCAUUCAAAACUACUUAAAUUUACUUCAUUGAGGACCUCAGUUUAGACAGAAAAAUAAAUCAAAACUCAGCCCUAAAUGCAGGUUAGAGGUUAGAUCCUCUUCAACUGAUUAGAAAUUUUUUUCAUGUCGAUUUUUUUCAUGAGGCUAGAAAGUUUGUGGCGUUAGAACAAGAAUAUAUUUCUAUGGCGAUGCAUCUACAGCUUAAAUGUCACAUUUUUAAUGUGCUGUUGUGUUUUGUUCUGCUCAUUUGUGUAGUGUUUUUUCCUUUUUGUUUAUUUCAUUAAACACACUGAAUUUAUGGAAAAGAUUGCAGAAAUAAGUAUAGUGGCUACAGUUUGAAAGUACAUUUGUGAGUUUUUCAUAGUUUCAUGCAGAAAAUGUGAAAAUGAUUAAUAAGAAAGAAGUGACUAUUCAGUAAAAAAAAUAGUUGUCUUUUAAAUGAAGUACAAUUAUGUUUAUGAAGGGACACUGGCAAACAAUAUAAAAUUACUUUCAGUCAUUCAGAUAACUUUAUUCCCAUUUUUUAAACAGGUUUUGUUUUAGUUAACAGCUUUGUGUGGUAAAGUUAAAUUUAUUUUCUUAAAAUGCCCCAUCAUUUUCAGCUACUAAUGUAUUGACUCCAUUGGCAUUGCCCUGAUGAUUGUAUAAUAAGGGGAAGAGUUGUGUUUUAUAUGAUACUCMAAGGAUGUUUGUAAAUCAUAAUGUCAGCUCAUUUUGUAUAUCACAUUGUAAAACCCAAUGGUAAUUCGGUUGGAUAAGAUACCCAGUGGGCUGAGAUAUGAAGGGGAAUGAUUUAAAAUUUGUGGGCAUCUAAAUAAACUCCUAUGUACAGAUUGCUUUCCCUUAGUUUUAUUAGCAGGGCUCUAAAACAGUGAUCAAUGUCCUUUCCAGCUUGAACUCACAGUGUUGCAAAAAAGGAGAAAAAGUGUUUGCCCAGAGGUGUAGCAUUGGAGUAAGAAAUAUGUAAUUUAUACUCAGACAAAAUCUUAUAUUCCAGCCUGUCACACUGACCAAUUUCUGAAGCUCUGUAAUGGAUUAAAGACAGUGCAGGCUCUGAAAAUCAUUCUUUUCCUUUAUUCUGCAGUAGUGAAGCCCUUUCCCAGGAUACUUUCAGAAGGCUCCAGACCUUGUUAAGAUCAUAUUUAACAGGAGUUCACACUUUUCCACUGCAGGCCAAGUUUCUUCCMGAGCUCAAAUGCAAAUUAAUUCAGUAAAACCCUUUCAAGAUGAUUUUAUAACAGCAUUACGUGCCAUUAUCUCCAGAGUGGUGCAGCUUGAAUUGUUUACACAAAGUCAAAAUAUUGACACAGACCUGUUUAUGUUGCAUUUUAAGCAGUUGCCCUGAGUGUGAUGAGCUUUUCCUCAUGAAGGGAUUUGAUCACUAGUCACAUCACAUUUACCUUCAGAGCACUCAGAAGCCCCAGCUCAAAGAGCCCAUUUUGGAGGAAAACUUAAUUCCCUGUGUCCURUGUGACCAAGGUAGGUAAGAACUUUCCAAAUUACUUUCUUGAUG